UUUCUUUUUUAUACUCAUCUCUCUCUCUACAUUGUCUGUACCAAAAAAAAACCCAAAACCCAAACAGAAAAUUUUGAAACUAAGUCAUGUCAAGUCUGCUUCUUCAAUCAAUAGCUUUAGUUAUUAGUAUUUCUCUCUUCUUACAAGCAGAAACUGCUAAAGCUGAGCUUGUGUUAAAGAAUGUUAGUAGCAGAGGAAAAAUGAGUAGUAGCAACUGCAAUUUAUUUCAAGGAAAAUGGGUAAUUGACACUUCAUUUCCUCUUUACCAAUCUUCCAAUUGCCCUUUCAUUGACCCAGAAUUUGAUUGCCAAAAAUAUGGACGCCCUGAUAAAGAAUACCUCAAAUAUGCUUGGAAACCUGAUUCUUGCAAUUUACCCAGAUUUGAUGGGAAGGAUUUCUUGAAAAGAUGGUUAGGGAAGAAAAUUAUGUUUGUGGGUGAUUCAUUGAGUUUGAAUAUGUGGGAAUCUUUGGCUUGUAUGCUACAUUCGUCGGUGCCUAAUACCACUACUUCUUUUACCAGAAAAGAGGCAAUUUCUUCUGUGACUUUUCAG